AUGGCGCAGCGCUCGGGGAAGAUCACACUCUACGAGGGCAAGCACUUCACAGGCAGGAAGCUGGAGGUCUUCGGGGACUGUGACAACUUCCAGGAUCGAGGCUUCAUGAACCGGGUGAACUCGGUCCGCGUGGAGAGUGGGGCCUGGGUCUGCUUCGACCACCCUGACUUCCGGGGCCAGCAGUUCAUCCUGGAGCAUGGCGACUACCCUGACUUCUAUCGCUGGAAUGGCCACAAUGACCACAUGGGCUCCUGUCGGCCUGUGAGGAUGCACGGGGAACACUUCCGCCUAGAAAUCUUCGAGGGCUGCAACUUCACGGGCCAGUGCCUGGAGUUCGAGGAAGACUGUCCCUUCCUUCAGAGUCGGGGCUGGACCAAGAACUGUGUCAACGCCAUCAAGGCCUACGGGGACGGAGCGUGGGUUCUCUACGAGGAGCCCAACUAUCGGGGCCGCAUGUACCUGGUGGAGAGGGGCGACUUCCGCAGCUUCUCCGACUGGGAGGCCCACAGCGCGCGCGUCCAGUCCCUCCGCCGGGUGGCCAACUUCUUCUAA